AUGUCUUCCCUCCUGCGUUGCAUCUCCGGCUCCUCUGUCACUUUGUUCCAGCGAGGGGUCCGUCAGAAGACACCUGGCCGGAGGCAUUUCAGGACUUUCCCUGUGUUAUGGGACCAAAAGGCCUCCAGAGGUGUGCUCUACAAAGACCUCGUGGUCGGAGUUCCCAAAGAGACGGCGCAGAAUGAGCGUCGCGUGGCGUUGUCUCCAGCUGGAGUGCAGGCGCUGGUCAAACAGGGCUUCCAGGUGCAGGUGGAGAGUGGCGCUGGCGAGGAGUCCAAGUUCUCGGAUCAGCAGUACAGAGAUGCAGGAGCCACCAUCACCGACGUCAAAGGAGCUCUUAGCUCGGACCUGGUCCUCAAGGUUCGAGCUCCCAGUCUAAGCGAGGCAGACCUUCUGAAGCCUAAGUCCACCUUAGUGAGCUUCAUUUAUCCGGCUCAGAACCCGGAGCUGAUGUCGAAGCUGUCCGAGAGGCAGAGCACAGUGCUGGCUAUGGACCAGGUCCCCCGAGUUACCAUCGCACAGGGCUACGACGCGCUCAGCUCUAUGGCCAACAUUGCUGGGUACAAAGCUGUGGUCCUGGCUGCGAAUCACUUCGGUAGGUUCUUUACGGGUCAGAUCACAGCUGCAGGAAAAGUACCCCCAGCGAAGGUCCUGGUUAUUGGAGGUGGCGUUGCCGGUUUAGCAGCUGCAGGAGCAGCAAAAUCAAUGGGAGCCAUCGUCCGAGGAUUUGACACCAGGCCUGCGGCUCUGGAGCAGUUCAAGUCAUUCGGGGCAGAGCCGUUAGAAGUAGACAUCAAAGAGUCUGGAGAGGGGGUCGGAGGUUAUGCCAAAGAGAUGUCGAAAGAGUUUAUAGAGGCCGAGAUGGCUCUUUUCGCCAAGCAGUGCAAAGACGUCGACAUUGUCAUCAGCACUGCUUUGAUUCCAGGGAAGCGGGCUCCUAUUCUGAUCAAAAAGGAGUUUGUGGAGUCCAUGAGGGAUGGAUCUGUGGUGGUGGAUCUGGCUGCUGAGGCAGGGGGCAAUAUUGAGACCACCAAGCCUGGAGAACUGUACGUUCACAAGGGAGUAACGCACAUCGGCUACUCAGACCUGCCCAGUCGCAUGGCCACCCAGGCCAGCACUCUCUAUUCAAACAACAUCCUGAAGCUGCUGAAGGCCAUCAGCCCCGACAAGGAGUACUUCCACUACGAACCCAAAGACGAUUUUGACUAUGGAACAAUUGACCAUGUCAUCCGCGGGACUCUGGUUAUGAAGGAAGGCCAGAACAUGUUCCCGUCCCCGCUCCCUAAAACGGCGCCCCCGGCUCCAGUAAAACAAAAAACAGUCGCGGAGCUGGAGGCCGAGAAAGCAGCAACAGUUUCUCCCUUCAAUCGCACCAUGACCUCCGCCGGUGUCUACACUGCAGGUGUGUCUACCUGUUUGGCUCUGGGCAUCAUCUCCCCCAACGCCGCAUUCACUCAGAUGGUCACGACCUUUGGCCUGGCCGGCAUUGUGGGAUACCACACGGUGUGGGGCGUGACCCCGGCCCUGCACUCCCCUCUCAUGUCUGUCACCAAUGCCAUCUCAGGCCUGACCGCAGUCGGAGGUCUGGUGCUGAUGGGUGGAGGUCUGACACCCUCCUCCAUGCCUGAGAGUCUGGCUCUGGCUGCUGCCUUUGUCUCAUCCAUCAACAUCGCUGGUGGUUUUCUGAUCACUCAGAGGAUGUUGGACAUGUUUAAACGCCCCACUGACCCCCCAGAGUACAAUUAUCUGUACGCACUGCCGGGGGCUGCAUUUGUUGGAGGAUACGGAGCGUCUGUGGCUGCUGGAUACCACAUUGAGCAGAUGAUGUAUUUGGGUUCAGGCCUGUGUUGCGUCGGGGCGCUGGCAGGACUCUCUGCCCAGGGCACCAGCCGCCUGGGGAACGCCCUCGGCAUGAUGGGAGUGGCGGGGGGCAUCGCUGCCACCCUCGGAGCCCUCAAGCCGUCGCCGGAGCUGCUGUCUCAGAUGUCUCUGGCAAUGGCCACCGGAGGAACCCUGGGUCUGACCAUUGCCAAGCGUAUCGAAAUCACAGACCUGCCGCAGCUGGUGGCGGCCUUCCACAGCCUCGUGGGCCUGGCGGCCGUACUCACCUGCGUUGCCGAGUUCAUGAUCGAGUACCCCCACCUGGACGCUCACCCGGCCGCCGGGGUGGUGAAGACCGUGGCCUACCUGGGCACCUACAUCGGCGGCGUCACCUUCAGCGGAUCACUGGUGGCCUACGGCAAGCUUCAGGGCAUCCUGAACUCUGCUCCUCUGCUGUUGCCUGGACGUCACGCGCUGAACGCCGGCCUGAUGGCGGCGUCCAUGGGAGGGAUGGUGCCCUUCAUGCUCAGUUCAAGCUACGGCACUGGGAUGGGCUGUCUGCUGGGGGUCUCUGGCCUCUCUACUGUAAUGGGCGUGACUCUGACGGCGGCCAUCGGGGGUGCCGACAUGCCCGUGGUCAUCACCGUGCUGAACAGCUACUCUGGAUGGGCUCUGUGUGCUGAAGGCUUCCUGCUGGACAACAAUCUGAUGACCAUCGUCGGAGCUCUGAUCGGCUCCUCUGGCGCCAUCCUCUCCUACAUCAUGUGUGUGGCUAUGAACCGCUCCCUGCCCAACGUGAUCCUGGGGGGCUACGGCACCACCUCCACCGCGGGCGGGAAGCCCAUGGAGAUCGUUGGAACUCACACAGAGGUCAACGUAGACCAGUCCAUUGAUAUCAUCAAGGAAGCCAACUCCAUCAUCAUCACACCAGGCUGGGGUCUGUGUGCAGCCAAGGCUCAGUAUCCUAUUGCAGACAUGGUGAAGAUGCUGAGGGAGCAGGGCAAGACUGUCAGGUUUGGGAUCCACCCAGUGGCCGGCCGUAUGCCCGGCCAGUUGAAUGUCCUGUUGGCCGAGGCCGGCGUUCCCUACGACGUGGUCCUGGAGAUGGAUGAGAUCAAUGAUGACUUCCCAGAGACGGACCUGACGCUGGUCAUCGGAGCCAACGACACCGUCAACUCGGCUGCUCAGGAGGAUCCCAACUCCAUCAUUGCAGGCAUGCCUGUUCUGGAGGUGUGGAAGUCCAAACAGGUGAUCGUCAUGAAGCGUACCUUGGGUGUGGGCUACGCCGCAGUAGAUAACCCCAUCUUCUACAAGCCCAACACGUCCAUGUUACUGGGAGACGCCAAGAAGACCUGUGACAACCUGCAAGCAAAGAUCAGGGAGGUCUACUACUAGUUACUUAUUUCUACUGUGUACAAAAGCAGGUUCAAGAAAUCAAUAUUUCCAGCUUUGGCUUUGAGGAUUUAUUUUUGUGGAGAACGUAUGUAUUUGGUUUGUUACAAAUGUAAUGUGGUUAAGGAGGGAAAGAUUCAUAAUAUGAAUUUUUUGAAGACAAAGGACGUGAAUUUCACAAAUACAAAUGUGUAUUGAUUUGUAAAUAAAGUAUUUACUGGGA